CGGUACUUUUUUGCAGCAGCAGAGCUCUCCGGAAUGGCAUAAGAGAGUGGCUAUUACUACGGGAGGAGAAAACCUAGCGAAUGAAAGACAGAUAGCUUCGUCCCCUCGGCGAUGGCACGACUAGAGUUGUUUUUGUUCACGGCUCUAGCUCGCAUUUCGUCUGGGAAUUCUGCUUCCCUUAUUGGCUAUUCCUGAUCCGUACUCCAACCGACACCUCCAAUUAUGGAUCGUACUGAAGUUCCACCUUUUGUAUUUUUGCGUCAAGACAAUCGGGCGAAAUAAGAGGAAACGAUCAAGGACUGCUGUGAGCUAUUAUCCAUUCCGGACUGUUCUCCAUAUAUAGACAAGACUCGUUGAGAAAUGCAAGUGGGAACGGAUUUUGGUAGGCUAUUUUGUUUUAAUCCUCGGGUGCAAUAUUCAGGAUAUUCCAUUGGUUUACGCGUAAAGGACAUGGACACAAGGUGUUUUAGCUACCUGUGGUUAGAAUAGAUGCCUUCGUGUUGUCAAGUCUUGCUAUUACCGGCCUGAGAUGAUAGAACUGCAGUUUAGGUGAUUGCUUUGCUCUUUUAGGAAUAGUGCUCUGCUGUAGUUAAGCCCUUUUUUAUCAGCUGAUCACCUUUAGGGUUUCAGAAAUACCCUUUUGUUCAUUUUGACAACAGAAAACUCAUUUUUUUUAAUUCAAAUGUAUUUCAUAUGAACGCAAGUAACCUAUUCUGAGCUGCUGUGUCCAGUUGUAGGCUAUAACUUGGAAACAAAUCUCCCCACCUCACUAGCAAGGUGACAGUAGGAGGAGGGUUGCAGAGUUCUCUGUAACAGAACGACCAUAGCCAUGGCUCUGCCCGAUAACACCCCCAGCAUUCCUUUAGGGGAAGCAGUCAUCUUCCCUGAGAUAGUAGAGCUGAACGUGGGCGGCCAGGUGUACAUCACUCGCUACUCAACCCUCGUCAGCGUACCAGACUCUCUCCUGUGGGAGAUGUUUAGCAGGAAAUCCACCAAAGGGCUGGCGAGGGACACCAAGGGCCGUUUCUUCGUGGACCGGGAUGGUUUCCUGUUCCGGUAUAUUCUGGACUACAUGAGAGAUCAGCAGCUGGUGCUCCCUGACCACUUCCCAGAGCGGGGUCGCCUGCAGCGGGAGGCUGAGUUCUUCAACCUACCUGAGCUCAUAAAGAUCCUGGCGCCCAAACUCAGCAAGCAGAACUCGCUGGGUGACGAGGGGUGUCAGAGUGACCCGGAGGACUCCUCGCCGGGCAUCGACACCGGGCGCAACCUGGCCUCGCUGGGCACUGCCGCCUGCGCCAGUCUGGUCCCCAGUGGAGACGGUAAACGCUCGGGAUUCAUCACCAUCGGUUAUCGCGGCUCCUAUACUUUGGGGCGCGACAGCCAGACCGACGCCAAGUUCAGACGUGUUGCUCGCAUUAUGGUCUGUGGCAAGACGUCGCUGGCUAAAGAGGUGUUUGGGGAGACGCUGAACGAGAGCCGUGACCCGGACCGGCCCCCAGAGCGCUACACGUCACGCUACUACCUCAAAUUCACCUUCCUGGAGCAGGCCUUUGACAAGCUGGCAGACGCCGGGUUUCACAUGGUGGCCUGUAACUCCACGGGGACCUGCGCCUUCGCUCACGAGCAGACGGACGACAAGAUCUGGACCAGCUACACUGAAUACGUGUUCUACCGUGAGUGAGGUCAUCAUCAGCCCUGGUCCCCGGUCCCCCUAGUGGUCCCCAGCAUCCAGCCUCCUCUACCCUCGUCUCCCUGUAUCCAGUCCUGGAUCCCCUCGUCUCCCUGUAUCCAGUCCUGGAUCCCCUCGUCUCACUGUAUCCAGCCCUGGGUCCCCUCGUCUCCCUGUAUCCAGCCCUGGGCCCCCUCGUCUCCCUGGAUCCCCUCACCUCCCUGUAUCCAGCCCUGGGCCCCCUUGCAUCCCUGGAUCCAUCAAUUAUUCCCUUGCCUCCUGGACCCCAGCCUCCAGCCCCUGCCCCCCAGCCCCUGCCCCCUGGCUCUUUGGCCCCCUUAGUGCUCCCUAGCCCCCAGCCCUGGAUUCCUGCUUCAAGCACCCCUGGCCCCAAUCUCCAUGGGCCCUGGCCCCCUGCGUCAGGCCCCCCUGCCUCCAACCAGCCGUCCCCUCUCUCCAUAUGUCUCUCUCACCCAUCAGCUGUAAUCCUUACCACCUCUGCGGUCCCCUCUCCUGAUCCAGCUAUAACCCAACCAUUGCCCCAGCACCAAGCCUCAGAGACCUGACCACAGCCCCCCUAACCAUCCUACAGAGACUGCUCCCCCCUCCCCACCCUCCAUGUACUGUCCGUCCUCUUGUAUAUAGUAUCUGCCUUGGUGAAGCACAAUGCUGUGUGUAAAAGAGCUUGUUUAGUCCAGUUCAGGUCCUGCCUGGUCUGUACCUUUAGCAGGCUGGAGGGGCCAAUCGGAAAAGGGCCUAGAUUGAAGUACUAUUUUGUUCUGAAUCUCUCCAACAGACCCUCCUACUCCUCUGAACUAAAAUGGCCAAACAAUGUGACGUCUAAGCAGCCUAGAGGAAUGAGAGAGAGAGAGUGGCCAGCCGGGCACAAACAAGAGCAAAGUGUCACACAAAACGAAAGUCUUUCAUUUCCUUCUUCCCCUCUUCUUAUUUUCCUUAUAUGUCUGAGACCAAACUGUUGGGAAAGGGGCCGUUCACUUUUACCAUUCAAAUGGGGUGGCAGGUUGCCUAGUGGUUAGAGCGUUGGACUAGUAACUGAAAGGUUGCAAGAUCGAAUCCCCGAGCUGACACGGUGAAUAUCUGUCGUUCUGCCCCUGAACAGGCAGUUAACCCACUGUUCCUAGGCCGUCAUUGAAAAAUAAGAACUUGUUCUUAACUGACUUGCCUAGUUAAAUAAAGGUAAAAUAAAAAAAUGAUUAUCUUUUUCUUGUAAAGAUAACGCCUCACCUUUUGUUAAGUCUCUGCUUGUGAAGACAACCAACUUACAUGAUGCCACCUUGUCUCACAAAAAAGCACAGUGAACUCCUUAUAAGGUAAAAGAAGAUCUAUAUGGACCAUCAAUAUCCUCUCGAGCUGUUCAUGUAUAUAUUCUUUAGGACAACCCAGGUAUUUGCAUUCUAGAGGGGAUCCUUAAUGCUAGAAAAACAACGCUGGGUCUUGUCCGAGAGUCAAAGCUAACAAACAAGGGGAAAAUAUCAAGUUGUGUGUUUGACUGCAAGAAAGAGAAAUAAGUGGUUUUAGUACAGAGUGGUUUUAGUACAGGGUGAGGGUUUGUCGGAAAUGGCACCCUAUCCUCUAUGUAGUGCACUACUUUUGACCAAAGCCUUAUGCAGGCCCUGGUCAAAAGUAGUGCACUUACAUGGGGAAUAGGGUGGUUGAAGUGUGUUAUUUGAUUGUUCGAAGGAGUGUUGAGAAUUCUAAUCGUCCUUGGCCCAUGCCUGGAAGACCAGAGGGGAUGUGAAGUGUUACAUCACAAUGUCCACAGAACCUCUCCUACCCAUCCUUAUACUCUUCCUCCUCCUCUCGUCUUGGUUUUUAUACCGCCUCUCUUGUUAUUGAAAGCCCACAGCGUUUUGGCUCUUAGCCCUCUUCUCUCCCUUUUCUCAUUGGACUGUGUUUUUACUCUAUCUAUCCCAAACUCUUCUAUUCAGUUCAGUAUUCCACUUUUAAGCUCUUUGAUAUUUGGUAGCUUUCAUUGACUGUAAUGUGUACACCCAGGAGAAGGAGACAGGUGUACGCCAUUACCAGCCAAAGGACGACAUUCUCCCCAAACUCUAGCAGCUAAACAACAGUAUAGGAUAGGACAUGGAUAUUGUGCAUAUUUUUGAGGGAAUGUUGUAGUACAGUUGAUUACUGAUAAGUGCACCUCUUAUAAGUGCAAAAUCACUGGUUAGUGCACGUCGUCAGUACAGUCACACCAGUUGUAUUUUAGGAAUUGACUGUAGUAGGACUGAACAGUAAUUGUACCCACAGCAACUAUAACCACAGUAACAGAAGAAAGUGUGUGAAUGGUUAAGUGGUAUGGGGUAAUAUUCAGGUAUACCCUCAGGGCAAGUCUGCAUAUCAACAACAACCUCACAACUUCAACCAACAGUACCUCAGUAGGUCAAAUACAUCUUGAGAAUCAUCUCCAAUACCAAGAAACACUAAUUAUCUGAAAAGACUAAACUUGUACCAGUAAUAAUCAAUGGAUCAACUAGUAAUGUGACUUGUAAACUAUAUGACUUGUAAAGUACAGAAUAUUCUCCCUGACAAAGAGAAACUCUUGUUAAAGAAACUGCCUUGACGGUUCGGUAGACGGAGUGAUUUUAAUGUGAGUGAAGGUGUGAAGACAUUCUGAAUACCUGACGGAUGAUCAAUCUUUUAUCGGAUAUCGCUAGAGUGUGAUGGCGCGUUCUUCGAGUGUGAUGGCACAUUCUUAGAGUGUGAUGGCGCGUUCUUCGAGUGUGAUGGCGCGUUCUUCGAGUGUGAUGGCGCGUUCUUCGAGUGUGAUGGCGCGUUCUUCGAGUGUGAUGGCGCGUUCUUCGAGUGUGAUGGCGCGUUCUUCGAGUGUGAUGGCGCGUUCUUCGAGUGUGAUGGCACGUUCUUCGAGUGUGAUGGCACGUUCUUCGAGUGUCAUGGCGCGUUCUUCGAGUGUCAUGGCGCGUUCUUCGAGUGUCAUGGCGCGUUCUUCGAGUGUCAUGGCGCGUUCUUCGAGUGUCAUGGCGCGUUCUUCGAGUGUCAUGGCGCGUUCUUCGAGUGUCAUGGCGCGUUCUUCGAGUGUCAUGGCACAAUUUUGACAGGAGCAUUGAGUCGUCAAUGUCAGCUUCAGUGUCGAUGUCACAAGUCAAACGUAGACCAAACAGCAAUGGGGGGACAUGUUUCUCACACAGGGUGGACUGUAUACCUACGGUUGCUGUACCUACUAAAUGUUUGGGAACAUAAUUAGUGUGUGACUUUCUUUUCAUAGCUUACUCUCCGUUAAUCAGAACCUCUAUAAAACAGUUUUUGGGUGUGUGUCAGCAUAUUCUUCUUGUUAUACAGCAGACAGAAGGAAUAUGUCGUCUGUCAAUUCAUGUGUUAUUUAUCUUGCAUUGUACAUCCUUUUAUGAAUUGUUUUAGUAACUAACUAGGGUGACAUUUCAGUAGAGUUGUGUACGCUCUCAUUGAUAUUAUUAUUAUUAUUGUUGUAACUGAAAAGUGUUAAGAGACUAUAAAAUAUUUCACAAGUAAAUCCUUUCAAAUGUUCAUGUUUUUACCGAAGGGACCACAGGCCUAUAAAUGUACCUGUAUACUUCCAAGACUUUCCACCUCUUUCUGUCUCUCUCUCUUUCUUAAUUAGACCUGAAUAUACCGUAGUAACCUAGUAUCAGUCAGACACCAGACAUUACUAAUUAGACCUGAAUAUACUGUAGUAACCUAGUAUCAGUCAGACACCAGACAUUACUAAUUAGACCUGAAUAUACCGUAGUAACCUAGUAUCAGUCAGACACCAGACAUGACUAAUUAGACCUGAAUAUACUGUAGUAACCUAGUAUCAGUCAGACACCAGACAUUACUAAUUAGACCUGAAUAUACCGUAGUAACCUAGUAUCAGUCAGACACCAGACAUUACUAAUUAGACCUGAAUAUACUGUAGUAACCUAGUAUCAGUCAGACACCAGACAUUACUAAUUAGACCUGAAUAUACUGUAGUAACCUAGUAUCAGUCAGACACCAGACAUUACUAAUUAGACCUGAAUAUACUGUAGUAACCUAGUAUCAGUCAGACACCAGAUAUUAAUUAACAUAGUUGUUGUUGAGUGAUAGCCAGGCCAGGUAGAUUGCAAACAGGGAUCACUGGUUUCCAUCGAAACAGAGAAAACGAAGUCUCUGAUUUUUCUCCCAUUGAAUACAGUCAACAGUCUCUGUAUUUUUCUCCCAUUGAAUACAGUCAACAGUCUCUGUAUUUUUCUCCCAUUGAAUACAGUCAACAGUCUCUGUAUUUUUCUCCCAUUGCCCUCUCUGAUGCUCAAACAGCAAGAUGUACCAUUUGUGGGCGACGAAAUUGGACAACUAUCCAUGUCCUGAGGACGUCAGGAAAUGCCUUCAAAACCAGCCACUAGGGGCAAAGUCAGCGCUAUUAGCAUCAAGUAGGGUAAUCCCUUGACUCUGGAUCAGAAGGUUGGGUGUUUGAUCCCAGUUGUGGACACUGGUUUUUUAUUUCUGGUUUCAACCCCAUCCCAAACCCAUAACCAUUUGGAAUGAGUGCCUAAACUUAACCUUUAACUUUGAAAGUUGAUGUUUGGAGAAAUGGAACGAUACAGAGCAGCAGGAGAACGUGGCUGAACAUCUCAUUUUGCCGCGACUGUGAGAUCUUGUUGGAUGGUGUUGACUUUUUUUCUCACAAUUAAGUAUGAAUCCACUCAACCCUUGUUAUGUAAAGUGAGGUGAGUGAGUCUAUUAAGUAUGAAUCAAGUCAAUGAAUCAUAACCUUUAUAUAAAGGUAGUAAGUCAUAAAUAUUUUAAAUGGCUUCGAUGUCAGAAGCUCUCAAAAUAUUCUCAGUCUGGCGCUCGCACGCACACACACACACACACACACACGUUAAAAUCUUUAUGUGCUGCCUCUCUCUCUUCUAGAUCUGUCUAUUUUUGGAUGACGGCAGUGGAAUCCUCUAUAGUGUUGUCACAGUGCCUGGUACGUUUUUCCGACCAAUCCAAACUGAGUCUGGGGUUAAUGAGGAGGUGGUAUGAGUGUGGGUUUGGUCUCGUCAGUGAGUGACUGCACAUCCACAUCGUAGUGUAAAAGGCCACAGCAACCUGUUAGCUGCAAGGUGCAGAAGCACGUUGAGGGACUUUCAGAAGGUAGUGUUUAUGCUACAGGUCUAUACCUCUGUGGUUAACGAUGAGGCUCAGCGGUCAACAGUAACUACUUCGCUACUAUUGGCCUAGUUAUUGCCUUACCUCCUUACUCCAUUUGCACACACUGUAUACAGAUUGUCUAUAAUGUUAUUGACUGUAUGUUUGUUUAUUCCAUGUGUAACUCUGUGUUGUUGUUUUUUGUCGCACUGCUUUGCUUUAUCUUAGCCAGGUCACAGUUGUAAAUUAAAACUUGUUCUCAACUGGCCGACCUGGGGAAAUAACACUGUUGAUGUAAUAGUGUCACUUAGAUACGAUGAAGUUAUCCCGGAUGGUGAUCUAAAGCUGGUUUGAAAAGUAUAGCAUGUUUGGUUGUGAGCCAUAUAGUGAGCAGGUGUGAACAGUCACCAGAAUACCAUGUCAUGAUCGUACAAUAAAGACAUUGUAUCAUG